AGUUGCGGCUGGCAACCCAGUUCACAUAGAGCUGGGUGAUAUUUUUGUGUACAUAUGUCAGUUGAUAGUUGUUUUCGCGCUACGUCAGCAGCAUUUUCAAGUGUGUCUUGUUGUGUGUUCAACUAAAAUCGAAUUUGAAAAAAAAAAUGUCGGAAGUAAAAAAAAAAUCCACCAGAAAUAUCUGGUCUGCUGCUCAAAUGCAGCUGUUAUUUGAAUUGUGGGCGGACAAAAUUAUUGACCUCCGUGGUGUGCGGAAAAACAGCCACGUGAUCGAGGAGAUGAGGAUCACUUUUGAAGAACACGGUUUCUCUGUUCCGUCCUCGGAGAUCAAGACGAGAAUACAUAAUUUGACUGCGCGAUACCGAAAAGAGAAAAGCCAAAUCGGUCCAUCCGGUGGGGCUCCAUCGAAGUGGCCCUAUUUCUCAGAAAUUCAUAAAAUUCUGGGGAAUUUUAGAAUAAACAACGUUAGCGAGGUAGUACAGGAGAGCAUCUUCGAGGAUGAUGCCCUGGCGCCUGAAGAUACCAACGAAGAAUGGCUCGAAGAAUCGAUAAAUGUCUCGGAAAUCCCACCAACACCAACACCAUCAUCGUCACGACCAAGAUCGCCGACUGCAUCGAGUUCCGCUCCAGCUGCAAAAAAGAAGAAAUUAGUCCAACAACAUAUUCUCGAAGAGGUGAAGAAAAGCAAUGAGAUCAUCGAAGCAGAGUUCGAACGACUACGAGCUACUGACGAACGAAUCAUAGAAUUGGAAGAAGAGAGAAACACAUUACUAAAGGAGAUGAAUGAGAACACUAAAGCUUUCAAUGAUGCAUUCAUAACUAUGCUGUCCAAAAUGACCUAAAUAAUGAAAUGAUUGAAAACUUUGAUGUUAAUAAAACAUAAAU